AGGAAGUUGACCCCAAAAAAAAAGGUUUAAUCAUAUUUUGUCAGUUUCUCUAGAGUAGACAAUGGUCCGGGCCUCUGAGGAUGACCCUUAAAACGAUCGGCAAGAACGAAAGGAUCAAGGAUGUUAUUGUAAAUUUACAAAAUGUGUUAUUAACCAAUUAUAAACCUAAUCGGACAGACGUGUUUGACGUAAAUCUUGGCUUCUAUACAUUUGUAGUGCAAGCUGGAUAUUACAAUUUUUCUGGACGAGAAGGUCUUAAAAACCUGCGAAACGUCACACAAUUUCCAAUGUUUAUAUCAGUGAUUCGACAUGUGAGCAAGCUGAGAACAAAUCAUGCCAUCAGAACAGCGAUUGCAUCAACCGUAUAUAUGGGCAUACCUGCAAAUGUCAAGAGGGGUUCCAAGGGAAUCCAUAGAUCCCAUAUGGUUGCCAAUAUAUGGAUGAGUGCAAAUUGAGCAAUCUUCAUUGUGCGGAGCAUGAAACCUGUCGUAACACCAUUGGUUCUUUCCAUUUCAAAAAUCGUAAAGAAUGGAAACUAACCAUUCUUCUUGGUAAGAUAUUGUCAUGUCCGCUGAUGAUUAAUUCGCAAUAAGAUAUCGUCAAGUUUCUAAAUCUCUCAUCAUUGACGUGUCUAGUAAGUAAUAGAAGAUAUAGGGCUGUUGAGAUUGUGGGAAUAUGAAUUCAGGUCACAAGAAAGCACUCUUGGACAAGCUCUUGAGUUGUCCGAUAUUAUAUCGAAAUAAGUUCAUAUGAUAUAUAAUCUAUCACCGAGAAGGUGAAAGAUCCAUUUAGUUAAGCUCCACAUACAGAGCCUUGGCCAAAACAGAGCUUUCAAACCCAAAGAGAGAGAGAGAGAGAGAAAUUACCAUGGUCCCUUCUUUAUAGGAAUCGAUUCCCACUUUCCAUAUAUCCACGUUUUGUAGGAACCAUUGAUUACAAUUUCCUAUUCAAAGACCUAAAAAGAAGGCAGAGAUCAUUUCUACAAAUUAAAGCAAAUUCAUCUUGACCAGCUAAACUAAGUUCAUUAGACAUGGAGAUCAUUCCAUUGAUGCUCAUUGCCUUCAUCAUACUCGUGUCUUCAUUUCCGGCUCCGAUUAAAGUAGCCGGCAAGGGUGGGGGUGGUAGCGUUGCUGGUAGUGGCAGCGGCUCCAUUGGUAUUGGCAGGGGUGGGAAUAUUGGUAGGGGCGGCGUCAUUGGUGAUGAAAGUACUGUUGGCAUCGGUUAUAGGGGUGGAACUGCCAAAAACCCCAAGCCAGCUGGUGGCGGCGACCCCGGUGCGUCAAUUGUGGUCAUUCCCAAGCAGCCUGAGGAACCUGUGAAGCUGCCACCAGAAUGCAAAAAAGAGGUUCACAAUUGCGUCACUGCGCAUAUACACGGAGGAGGGGGGCCCCCUAAAUACCGUGGACCAUGUUGUGUGAAACUUAACACAUCUGUAGCAUGUGUGUGUAAGUUUCUUAAGUCCCAUGAUCAUAAGCUAAGCAAAGGUGCAAAUGAUGUACUUCGUGGUUGUAAUUUUAAUAAAACCAAAUGUUCGAAGGUGCCAAUGCCUCAAGUAUGCACACAAGAAGCCAAACAUUGCAUCCAUUCACAUAUAUACGGAGGCCUUGGGGCACCUCAAGACCGCGGAGCAUGUUGUCAGAAAUUUAAGUACUUAAAAAAAUGUGUUUGUACAUUCCUCAAGUCUAAGGAUCCUCACCUAAGCAGAAAAGCUAAAGGUGUCAUUCAAGGUUGUCGUUUUAAUAACGCCAAUUGUCUAAAUUAAGAUCUAGGGACUGAUUAUGUAUAGCAUAAUGAAAUGAAAAUAAUAUCAAUGUAUAUAUAGUAUCUACAAAUUAUGCUUGGUUUUUUAUUUAAGUAUAUAGUAUUAUUAUUGGACUUACCAUUGUUGCCGUCUCAAUACCUCGUAGAGGUGGCUGCAUGCAUCAUCCGAUGU